AUAAACACACGUCUCUUCCGGUUUCCCCUCUGACACUUCCUCCAUGUGCCGACAAUAUGGCGGCCCCCGUUGGCGUCCAUCUAGAGUUUGGAGGUGGAGCAGAGCUGCUUUUUAAUGGUGUCAAAGAGCAUCAGGUCACUCUUCCAAGCCAGUCCGACCCUUGGGACAUGAAGCAGCUGCUGGUGUGGAUCCGACGGAACCUGCUGAAGGAGCGGCCGGAGCUCUUUGUCCAGGGAGACACCGUGAGGCCUGGGAUUCUGGUGCUUAUCAACGAUGCAGACUGGGAGCUAAUGGGGGAACUGGAGUACCAGCUGGAGGACCAAGACAACAUUGUGUUUAUUUCAACUCUCCAUGGAGGAUAGAAAAAAAAAAGAGGUUUACAAAUAUCUACUUGACAUAUCUAAAUGCCCAACCCCUCACCUCUACCACAUCCCAACACCAAGACGCCCCAUUGGACGCCGCCGAGCGCAUAAGCCCCCCCCCCGACGUCACGACCUACACGGCCGAUGGCGUUUAGUGGCAGAUGUGGGGAAACGCGGAGACGGUGGGCGAAAGACGGGAAACCUGAGGAUCAGUUUUCAGGGGCAAACGGCAUUUGUGUCUCUAAAAAUAUGUGAAAACGCUGGACUUCCAUCUCCCUGUGUAAGCAGUAUAGAAACAUAUUAUGAGCUGAGCUUUCCACAGUUAAAACUCCCCCUGAAGAAUUAUUGUUCAUGACAACAGAUUGUCAUUAACUAGUUUAUAGUCAACUAGUUCUGGUGGUUUCAUUUGUCCCUCUACAAACACCUUUCAGUAUUUGAAAACAUUCAGUUUGAAUAUAUCCUUAUUUCUGAAUCUGUUUUUAUUUUACCUUGCCAUGUUAAAAAAUAAUAAAAAUCUGGUUUAGAACAUGUUUUUUCCACUAACAUGUGUAGCUUCUAUUACAUUAUCACACUACCACAAAUAAAUACAUUGUUGGAAGUUUUUUUUCAGUCGCAAAUUGCCAGGAAGGAAUAUUUUUGUUUUUGUUUUAUUUUUUU